GGGGCGGGCCGGUUGCCCAGGUGAGCGCGCGAGCGCGGCCCGCCCCGUGCGGCCCCGUCAGCGCUGCCAGCGUGGAGCGGCCGGGGCGGCAGCGCCGGGCCCGCGGCCAUGGACGGCUCUCUCGAGAAGAUGGUGGACCCUACUCUAGCAGAAAUGGGGAAGAAUCUGAACGAAGCAAUGAAGAUGCUGGAAGACAAUCAGAGGAAAGUGGAGGAGGAAAAUGAAAAGAAAUAUGCACGGAAGGAUAUUCCUGGACCACUCCAAGGCAGUGGCCAGGAUAUGGUGAGCAUACUCCAGUUAGUUCAGAACCUAAUGCAUGGAGAGGAGGAAGAGGAAACUUCACAGUCCUACAGUUUCUCUGUUCUGGCUUGCAGACUUCAGAACGUUGGUGAACAGGGUCACAUGGCUCUACUGGGACAUAGUUUGGCUGCUUAUAUAUCUGUGCUGGACAGGGAAAGACUGAGAAAACUUACAACGAGGAUCCUUUCUGACACUACUCUCUGGCUCUGCAGGCUUUUCAGGUAUGAAAAUGGAUCAGCCUAUUAUCAUGAAGAUGAUCGUGAAGGUCUCCUAAAAAUCUGUCGACUUGUAAUUCACACCCGCUAUGAAGAUUAUACACUCGAGGGCUUUAACGUGCUCUACACUAAGCAGCCUGUCAUAUACAUCAGUUCUGCAGCCAGGACAGGCCUGGGCCAAGCUCUCUGCAAUCAGUUAGGGUUGCCCCUUUCCUGCAUGUGCCGUGUGCCUUGUAACACUAUGUUUGGAUCUCAGCAUCAAAUGGAUGUUGCUUUGUUGGACAGACUGAUUAAAGAUGAUGUUGAGUUUGGAAAACUGCCAUUGUUGCUUGUGGCCAAUGCUGGGACUCCGGGUGCUGGGCACACGGACAAGCUGGGCCGGCUGAAGGAGCUCUGUGAGCAGCACAAGAUGUGGCUCCAUGUGGAAGGUGUGAAUCUGGCAACUUUGGCUUUGGGUUAUGUCUCCUCUUCUAUACUGGCUGCUACAAAAUGCGACAGCAUGACUCUGACUCUGGGUUCCUGGCUGGGGCUCCCUGCAGUGCCUGCAGUGACCCUCUACAGACACGAGGACCCAUCCUUGUCCUUGGCAGCGGGGCUGACGUCGAGCCAGCCCGUGGAGAAGCUCCGUGCCCUGCCCCUGUGGCUCUCCUUGCAGUACCUGGGCCAUGAUGGCAUUGUGGAGAGGAUAAAACAUGCCUCACAACUGAGUCAAAGGCUGCUGGAAAACUUGAAAAACCUGGAUUUCAUUAAAACCUCGGUUGAAGAUGAACUGAGUUCACCAGUGGUGGUUUUCAAGUUUUUCCAGGAAUAUUCAAAUAGAGAUCAGACCUCACAUGCUGCACAGGCCUCAACUAUUCAGCAUCCCAUAAUAAGCAACGAAGGGCACAUUUAUGACACCUUCAAUCAGUGGCUGGGAGAGCAGCUGGCACAGCUGGUUCCUGCCAGCGGAGUCGAUGUGGUGGAACUGGAGGAUGAAGGCACGUGCGUGCGCUUCAGCCCACUCAUGACUUCUGCAGUUUUAGGAACUGAAAUACAAGACAUUGAUCACUUGGUAGACUGCUUAAAAAUGAAGAUUCCAGUGUUGACAAGCACACUGCAGCUGAGAGAGGAGUUUGAGCAAGAAGUGAGAAGAACAGUUAGCCUGUUGUAUAUUGAAGAUCUUGGCUGGCCAGGGUUAGGUGUUGUGAGGUACAACUAUCACAGUGAUGAGAAGAAUGACAACAAACAAGAAAAAGAACUAGAAAAAAUCAAUACAGAACUUCUGAAAAAGUUAAAUGAGCUGGAGUCGGAUCUCACCUUUUCUUUGGGUCCGGAAUUCGGAGGGCAGAAGAACUGUGUUUACAUUGGCAUGGUCACAGAGGAUCUGGAUGUGUCAGAAUUGGUUGAAACUAUUGCAGCAACAGGCAGAGAAAUUGAAGAAAAUUCAAGACUGUUGGAAAACAUGACUGAAGUUGUUAGAAAAGGAAUACAGGAAGCACAGCUUCAGCUUCAGAAAGCAAAUGAAGAACGACUGCUGGAAGAGGGGCUGCUGCGACAGAUCCCCGUGGUGGGCUCUGUGCUGAACUGGUUUUCUCCCUUCCAAGCCUCGCCCAAGGGAAGGACGUUCAAUUUGACAGCAGGCUCUCUAGAAUCCACAGAAUCUAUGUAUGUAUCGAAGGCCCAAGGAACAGGCAGCACUCCACCACCAACUCCCACUUCCAGCCUUGCAAAACAAAGACUUCCUGGUCAGAAAGCUUUCAAAAGGUCUCUGAGAAGCUCUGAUGGGUUCAGUGAGACCAGUUCCAUCAGCCACUGUGAUGACCUGGACAAGCUGGAACAGAGACCCCCAAAUCUCUCCCCUGGCCAAGAGCAAGGACCUUUGGAGGUGGAAGGAGCAGAGGAGCAGAAGGAGGUGGCGCAGGCAAAGACAGACACUGAGGACAUUCACAGUGACCAAUCGCCACCAGACUGCACCAAGGUAGAGGACCAAGCAAGUCUAAGAUAAAAUCCAGAGUGUGGAUUUGAGACUGUGCUGAGCAGGCCCCUGCCCAGGCAGGCAGGCUGGUAACGGUGCAUUGAAGAUGUGAACAGUGCCACACACAGUACAGUAACAACUACUGUAACUUAUUAACUGGGAUUUUGCACAAAUAUACAUUCCCUCCCCUGGGACAGAGAUUUGUCUUAUUGUACUCUUGUUACAGUUGCUUUAAUCCUCUCCAUGUUGGUGUCACCAAAGCUGUAGUGAAAUUUGAGUGCUCAUGAACGUUUGUAAAAACACUUGGCAGUUAUCCUUCCUGCAGGGGUCCACGCAUGCCAGACUGCUAACUAACCACUCAGCCAUGCACAUGAUGAAAAAUACAGCUGCACCCAAUAAUUAUAAAAUUAUCUUAUGUUACUAUACUUUAUAAAAAACAACUGCCAGUUGUUCACCUUUUUAGUAUUUAAAAUUCAGUUUAGGCUCUCCUGCAAAACUUCUCCUGAAGUCACCCUAGUUCUGUGUUGCUUCUUUCCUGUUACCUUGCCCACAGCCUGCCCCAGAGCCGUGGGUAUGGGCACUGGGCAGGGACAGGUGCCCUGUGGGUGGGAGUCACCGAGGAGCACUGGGCCAUCACCCCUGUGUUCCUGCUCUUGUACCACUUCACCCCCAGCCACGGCCCUGGGUAUGCUGGGACUGAGUUAGUGGAUUUUCAGCCUUCUAGGAAGCAGGAGUGCCUCUGCAUGCCUGGCCAGCUUCCUACCCCUGCCUGGGAAGGAGCACAAGGCACUGUUACUUUCCUUUGCACGGCAUUUACACACCAAAUACUGAACAUGUUCAUGCAGUGUAACUGAGUUCUUUCUGUUGUGUAUUUUUAAAGAUAGCUGUAGUAAAGCUUGAAAAACCAAUACAUUUGUGAUGGUUUCGACACUUAUUUUUUGAAUAACAGUAACUUACCUAUGGUAGGAAUUGUACAGAGUCAAAAGAAAUUAUUUAGGUUAUUUACAUACAGCACAACUUCAGAGUGUUUGGGACUACUUAAUGCACAAGCAAAGCUUUGAAUAAAUCAAAAUCCAAAGUGUAAAAGUGUCUUACCGCAAAUCAUCUUAAUCACUUCACUGCAAGUUUUCAGAGCCUCUUGUGGAAAAGCCAUCUUUGGCAACACUUGCUUUCCCCAAGUAACCUGAUGGUGAUACAAACCCUCCCCUCCCUCUAGAACUGGAUAAAAGUACUGCAGUUUGCUCCAUUUGGGUUUUUUCCUCCCUGCCUUUUUCCCCCCACAGGUUUCCCUUAAUACCAUGACAGUAGUGGUAGUGGGACUUACUUUGAUAAUCUGCAAAAUUUGAGGGUUUUGAAUUGUACUGGCACCUGAUUUGACUCUCAGCUUCUGAAGCCUGCAGUGCUGGGAUGCCAUAAACAAGGUUAACUUUGCUUGGGUAAUUUUGGGGUAAUUUAUGUAAAUCAGUGCAAUUUUUUCUAAAGUGCAAAAGCAAUUAAAUUGACUAGUCUUCCUCCUUGGUUUCUUUAGUGCAAUGAAGUAUAUUAAUAACAGUAAUUUGUUGGGGAUAAAAGCUAUCCCCACGAAGAUUAAUUUUUAAUGUUUUUAUAUUUGGAAAUGUUAAAUCAGUAGUUUUGUUGGAAUGAGCUUCAUUCUUUAAAUACUUACCUGAAUGUUUCAAUAAAGAUACUUCAAAUUA